AUGGCAAUAUUUAACGUAAUCAUUCCUAUUUUAAUUAUCGAUAUUGUUAUAUUACCAAGCGAAAAAUUAAUAAAGACGACGCGACACGAGAAAGAGAAAAAAACAUUGGACGAGCGCGACGAUUACCUGAAGAAUCCGUACUUCAAGGGACACGAGUACGGUGACUUCACACCGUUCUACGUCGCAAUAGCCCUCUGCACCGCCUUGGGUGGAGUCCUGUUCAUCCUCAAUAUCGUAUUCUGCUGGUGCACGCGGCACCGAGAAUAUUGGCAGAAUCGCCACACCGGUAAUAGGUGGAUCCAGCCUCUGUGGACUGUAUUGCCGCACAAGACUCCACCACUUGAUCUAAGUGAACUGGAAACUGGACGUAUCAAGUAUCCACAAGUGAGGCACGAAAUCAUCCAGUACCACGAUACAGAGCCACAGGGAGGCACACCGCUGCCACAGGAGUACCUAGAGAUGCAAAAGCGCGAGAGUGAGAUCUAAAAUAGUUGA